GAGCAUCGUGCAUGUCGGAUUUAAUCUUUGUGGACAAAAGCUAUUGUUUCUGAGCCGGUGAAGGAUUUAUUUUUCUGUCAUAUAAAUUGUUUUUGUUGUUUUUUGUUGUUUUAAUUUUUUCUUCUAUGUGAAUCAGCCGACAGCAUGGGGAUACUGCUAUUAUUUGCUGUCUUGCAAGUGGUGACAGUGGGCUUGGUGACCGCUGGCUGUCCAGUGGUGUGUGAGUGUCCUGCGGGGCCCCCGUCCUGUCCUCCAGGGGUCAGCUCGGUUCCGGAUGGCUGCGGCUGCUGCAAGGUGUGUGCUGCGCAGCUCAACCAGGACUGCCACGAAGGACGGCCCUGCGACCACCAUAAAGGCCUGGAGUGCAACUAUGGCAAUGAUGUGGGCCGUACCCAUGGCAUCUGCAGGGCAAAGGCAGAGGGCCGAUCCUGCGAAUACAACGGGCGGAUUUAUCAAAAUGGCGAGAAUUUCCGCGCUGGCUGCAAGCACCAGUGCACCUGCAUCGAUGGAGCAGUGGGCUGUGUUCCCCUUUGCCCCAGCCACGUGCCCCUGGCGUCCCCUGCCUGUCCCGCUCCACAGCUGGUCAAGGUGCCAGGCCAGUGCUGCCUCACCAUCGACUGCCAUAAGGGGACCACGGUGGUGCCCCCGGUGCACCGUCGACCACAGCCUCCAGCCUACCCACCUUACCCAUUCAUCCCCUACCCGGCCUACCCCUUCCCCAAGCCUUAUCCGAAACCUUACCGGAAGCUGUACCCCUACAAACCCAAAAAGGAGAAGGACACCCUGGGCAACGAGCUGGUGGAGGUGGGGCGCAAGUGGGACAAGCCACGUGGAAACAAGCACCUGGCGGCCUGGAGGCAGGUGGGAGAUCAGUGCGUGGUUCAGACUACUUCCUGGUCCCAGUGUUCCCGGAGCUGCGGGAUGGGCGUCUCCUCUCGUGUUACCAAUGACAAUGCCCGGUGUAAGCUGAUCAAGGAGACGCGUCUGUGCAACAUUCGGCCCUGCAGCUCCAUGUCUAUCCCUGUCAAGAAAGGGAGGAAGUGCUCUCGUACCCAUAAGGCCCCUGAACCUCACCGCCUGUCCUACGCUGGCUGCAGGAGCACUCGCCUGUACAGGCCCAACUACUGCGGCGUGUGUCGGGACGGCCGUUGCUGCUCCCCCCGUCGUACACGCACCGCCAGCGUGACCUUCGCCUGCCCUGAUGGGGAACGCUUCAACAGGUCCGUCAUGUUCAUCCAGUCCUGCAAGUGCAGCGACGAGUGCAACCACCUCAACGAGGCCGCCAUGCCUCCACAGCGAUGGCUCUACGGAGACACACACAAGUUCAUCGACUAGUGGCACCACCCCCCCCAACCUACAUUCCCUCACAAAAAAAGACAUUAACUCCCCCAUAGUGGUCCCCAUUAUAGAAUAGCUGUCCUUAGUGUAUCUAUGAGUAGACGCAAGCGAGGUGAACACAUCAAAACGUCUUUUCUGGAAGAAUAUUUGGGGAGGAAUGGGGAGAAGAAAGUGAGCAGCCCCUGCUUUAGUGUAGAUAAAAAGUUGAUUGUGGCCCGGCCAGACUUCUACAGACCGAAACAAAAUCUUUAUGGAAAACAUGGAAGCAAUCAGCCACCAAUGUCCCCUGAACUCUGAGACUUGUUGGGGACACUGAAGCAAGAGCUGACACACGAGCAAAACUGUUGGUUUCUUUUGUUGACGGUUACUUAGCUACAGGUCUGACUAGCCAAUAGAAAGCUGGUCAUAUAUGAAACCUGUCAACACACUCCAAUGACUAAACCAAACGAAGACUCGUGGAGAAGACUUGACAGCUAAAAACUGGAAGAUGGAGGAGCAUCUCGGAUGUUCUUACAGGAGUGUGGCUUGUGUCUUUUUAUGGUAUUUAUUCACUGGUAUUUAUUGUUGAGACAGACAUGAUGACACAGUGGCCUGCCACCAGGGAAGGCGGAGCUGCUAUGUUUGGAGCAUCAGCGUGGCUGAACGGGGAUCUGAGAGGGACAAAACAGCUGAGAGCUGUCACAGAAGGACUCCCACAGAUCUGGGC